UGCUGUACGGGGCGGGGUUCACAGCGCGCGGGGGCCGAGCCCUGCUACUGCGUCCGCGGCCGGUUCUCGAGCGGCACUGCCUGCGGGAUCCCGGGACGCGGCGCCCGGUGGGUGGAGGGCGAAGGAACGCGGCGAUGGCCCCAGGAGAACUCUCGGGGUCCGCGGUCUUGGCCGCCGCUGUCUUCGUGGGAGGCACCGUGAGUUCGCCGCUAGUGGCCCCGGACAAUGGUGGCAGCCGCACGUUGCAGUCCAGAACAGAGACGACCCCGGCGCCCACCAACAAUGUGGGCAACGGACACCCAGAAUAUAUCGCAUACGCGCUGGUCCCCGUGUUCUUCAUCAUGGGUCUGUUUGGCGUCCUCAUCUGCCACCUGCUUAAGAAGAAGGGCUAUCGUUGUACCACAGAAGCCGAGCAAGAGGUGGAAGAGGAAAAGGUUGAAAAGAUAGAGUUGAAUGACAGUGUAAAUGAAAAUAGUGACACCGUUGGGCAGAUUGUCCACUACAUCAUGAAAAAUGAAGCAAACGUUGAUGUUUUAAAGGCAAUGGUAGCAGAUAACAGCCUGGGGGACCCUGAAAGCCCGGUGACCCCCAGCACUCCCGGGAGCCCGCCUGUGAGCCCGGGGCCCUUGUCACCAGGAGGCACCCCGGGGAAGCACAUCUGUGGCCACCAUCUCCACACAGUGGGCGGUGCUGUUGAGAGGGAUGUGUGUCAUCGGUGUCGGCACAAACGGUGGCACUUCAUCAGACCCACCAACAAGUCCAAGCAGGGCCAUCCGAGGCGUCAAGGAGAGGUCACUGUCCUCUCUGUUGGCAGGUUUAGAGUGACUAAAGUGGAACACAAGUCAAAUCAGAAGGAGCGGAGAAGUUUGAUGUCAGUUAGUGGGACCGACAGUGUCAAUGGAGAGGUGCCUGUGACACCUGUGAAGAGAGACCGAAGUGACACAGAGUAGCAGGGGUGACUUGAUUUGAAGAGUUCUAAGACACUGAAGACUUACAAGAUAAGGAGUUGCCUGGGGGAUUUUUAAAAAUUUUUAUACAGUUUCUAUUGCAGAGUCUGCAGACAUGGGGAUAAAAGCGUUUAUAUGCUGGAUACAGAAUUCAGUUUGCUUGGAAACAGGUUUUGGGUUAAAAAGUCUGAUGGAAAAUUUAUUACAUUUCCAGUGAAGAAAAGAGCUCAUUUUUUCAGUUUUCCCCAACCACCGUACCUCCCAAUCCCCAUUCCUUGGCCUUGAUACACCUUGCAGUUUUUCCAGCACGAUCCCUCUGUGCAAUGGAACUAUUCGUGUACACUCUGAGCUGAUGCUCGGGGGUGUUGUUGUGCGAGUGACUGUGAGUGCGCGCGCGUGCGCACGUGCACGCAUCCACAUCUGUGCACACGUGCCUCUCUUCUCCCAACCCGUAGGUCUCAUUUUGCAACUGGUUGCAAGAAGAUCCUCUUGCAGUUUAACAGAAGAUAAAGAUGAAGCUUCAGUGGGGGUGAAAGGUCCUUGCAGAUAGUCUGGUCUAGCCCUGAAUAAUUGGUCAUGGAGUCAGAUGGAACCAGAUGCCAGACUUUUGAAUCUUGGGCCAAGAAGUCAACAUUAACUCGCCACCACCAUGCCACUCCUCGGUCACUGAUAAAAAUAUUGAGAGUAUGUUUUUUUUUAAACUUGCGCUAAGCAGUUCUUACUUUGUCCAUUGAAUAAAGGGGGACAGUAGUUUAAAAUGACUAAAAUCAAAACAACAAAACAACAGAAUGCCUGUUUUGACAGCCCAAGGCCAAAACAAAACAAAUAUGCCCAACUUCCGACAUAAAACGGGCCUGUACCUUCCUCUGGCGUGUUUUCCGAGGGCACUUCCUAUUUCAUAUCCUAUAACCAAGGCUUGUUUUUGAAAAGAUUCUGGAGGGUCGCAUUUCCCCUGGAAGCCUGGAAAACCCCACUUUUAUGUAUUUAUUUGUUUAGCUAUGCAGUGUACGAAAACCCCACGAGAACCAGAGGCAGAGAUAGUGGCGCAUUUCUGACCGGCGGGGGCCGGGGCCUGGGAGCAUCCAGUUACAGGUGCCCCCGUGUCAGUGUUGGUGUGGGCCUGGGGGCACUGAUGUUAUCUCAGAGAGAAAGAGCAUCUUUCUCAUUUCACCCCAAAGAGGAUUUCCAUAAAAAUGUCGUUUCAAGUAUUUACUGUCAAUUUACUCAUUCCGUUCUGUUCCUCACAUCAAACUACAAAUUUCCAACCUUUGAAAUGAAUGGUAGGUUCAAUUUCACAUGAAUUUUUUCUGACAACUGAUAAGAGCUGUACGUGUGUCCAUACAUCUACACAGAGGACUGGGAGAAGUCGGUAUGGAGAGAAAUUCCGCUAAAGUCCAGAAAGGAGCAAUAGAAGAACUUUGGGGGUGUGUAUUAGUGUAAAUACUAUAUGUGCAGUCUAGACCAAUAGUUUUAGUUUAAAAAAAAAAAAAGGCAUCAUUUUUGGCUUGAAAAGUAUAAUGCCCUCAAAUGGUGAGGGACAAAAUGUAAGAUAUUCCUUCAGCUUUAAUUAUUUUUUAAUUUUAUUCAGGUCAGAGCACUUUUUUAUAGCAAUACAACAGGCAAGAGAAUACUCAAAAAUAUUUAAAAUUGUGUUUAUACCAAGAGUACGUUUUAAAUAUUUUCUAAUACUUGAGCAGUUUUUGCCUGGCUGGCUUCCAAACAUGCCAAAAGUUAAGCAUUCAGUGCUUUAACACAUAAGCUUUUUACUAAUAAGAAUUCUUAAGUGUUCCCAAAGCAGCCGAUGUUUACAGGCUUGUGUUUUUCUUCCUUCUGUGGAAGGACUGGGGGUCCACAACCAACUUGCUAUACAAAACACUAAUGAUGGCCUGUCUUCUGGUAGAAUGAGUGAGUUGGCUGCCACCUUGAUGUAAAAAUUUGUAAAGGAAAUUUUUCACCAUUUUGAGUGUCAAUAGUAUUUUUAACUGUCUGGUUUGUACUUUUACGACUUUUGUACUACCAAAGCAGAGUUAAAAAUAAAAAUGUUAAACACGU